UCAAGCACGUGUAGAAGCAAUGAGCGUUUAUUCAAGUUACUUGACUUAAACUUGCAGUCUAGUGUAUGUAACGUUACUGAAUACGUCCACAAUUAAUUUUGAAUUUUUUGUACAGUUAAAAUUAUAUUUUUUGAUACAUUUCUAAUACUUAUAUUUGAUCUAUAUUUAUCUAAAACUUAUAUUUAAAUUAUAAACUACAAAAAACUAAAAAACAUCAACGAAUUACAAUCUAGUUUUAUACUUUUUAAUAAUAAUAAAAAAAAAAGAUAAUGGGGACUCUGUCUGAAGCAACUGGUGGAGCUGGAGGAAAUCCGAAUAAUCCGGGAGCGAAAGAUCAAAAUAUCUAUGAAAAUCGAGCCGGUACUAAAAAAAUAAUAAGAGUUGUAACAGUAAUAGCAUAUUUGUUUUCAGUAAGUUUUGUAGCUAUUGUAUUGAGUGCAUACUACGUAUUUCUUUGGCAACCGCCAAAUCCGCGAUUAGUACAUCGCGCACAAAAAAUGGAAAAACUUCAAGCUGAUUACUUAUCCGAAAGUCAACCUCAUGAGUUUUCACUUGAUGAAAUCAUCAAUAAUAAUAAUAAUAAUAAUAAUAAUAAUAAUAAUAACAACAACAACAAAAAUAGUAACAAUAAUUAUAAAAAAAAUGUCGGUGAAGUAUUUGGUUCUAUAAAUGAUUUUCGUCGAGGUUUGAUUCGCCUUCAUAGCAUUGAUAAAAUUGACACCAGUAGCAAUAAUAAUAAUUAUAAAAAUAAUAAUCAAAAAUACGUAAAAUCUAUAAAUACAAUUAAAUUGAGAAAUCCAAUAAUUGAAAAAAUAUACCAUCAGAGUGACAAGGUUACGACUGCUGAUUUACAGACGAGUAUUUAUGGUAUUAUUAAUAAACAUCUUGAUCCUUCAAAUGAUGAUAAAAAAACUACUGAUAAAUCAACGGCAUUUACAAAAAUUGAAAAUACUACUGAAACAACUGUUUUGCUUACACCGUCAACAGAAAUGAGUAAAUAUUAUGAAAAAGACGAAAAUAAUUUUGCAUCUACAUCUACAUCUACAUCUACAACUAAAAUUGAAUUUUUGAAUAAAAUUUUUGACAAAAAUCGACAACCUCCGGAAAUUAAUCAGCUAAAUACUGAAAUUACUACUGAUGAAUCAAAUUAUCAAACGACUGAAAAUUUGUACUUUCAAGAACUCAACGAGGACAAAACAAGUUCUAAUGGAACAGAAUUUAUGAAUAAAUUAAAAUCAAUGUACACAACGAGUAAUGAUAAAGAAAAUCUUCAAGAUCCAAUAAGAGUCGAAACAACUGUCGAAUUAACGUCGACUACUGAUUCAUUGAUAUCAAUUGUUCAAGAAGAGACAUCUAAAUCGUACGAUGCCGAUAUUGAUAAAAGCGUUUUACCAGAACGAUAAAUAAAAUAUAUUUUAUUAUUAUACUAAUAUUAUUUAUUAUUUUAUUUAAAUUUAUUAUUUGUGUGAUAUU